UUGACCGCCUUUGUACACUCUAUUAAAAAUAAUAAAAUGUGCUUCCCAAGUGCAAAGAAUUGAAAAUGUCCAGCAUCGACUGUAUUCCUGAUCACCCGUCCAGCUCCGAUCUGGUGAGGAGAUUAAAGUCUGCCCUGGACGUCGGGGAUGAGAACACAGUGAUGGGUUUGAUCUGCACUGAAGUUCAACAUGUGAAUGCCACCAUCGAACUCUCUAAUGACGACUGGAUGAAGGAACCAGAAGCUCACCUGGACCCUUUAGUGCUAGUAGGUGUGUGGACCCUAGAAUACAAGAGGGAACUGACCACCCCACUAUGCAUCACUGCCAGAAAUGGACACACUGCCUGUGUGCGUCACCUGCUGUUCUGGCGGGCAGACCCCAACAUGGCUCCAGGAGGCCAGAGUGCUCUGCAUGAGGCCUGUGAGGGGGGCCACACGGACUGCACGGAGCUGCUGCUGGAGCACAGAGCCAACCCCAACCUCCUGAGCGAGGAAGGUUUGGCACCACUGCAUCUGUGCACGAACCAGAACACGCUGGGAUGUGCCAAACUGCUGGUGAAGUAUGGAGCGAUGGUUGAUCUACCAAAUGAAGAGACACAGGAGACACCACUUCACAUAGCAGCUAAACAUGGCCUCUGUGAUCACGCGCUCCUGUACUUGAGGUACGGCGCUAGUGUGGAUAGGAAGAACAGUCGGAAAGAAACGGCACUCAGCGUGACUUGCGGACAGGCAAAAGAACAAGAGGAGCAAGGAAGCUACUUGCAGGUGUGCAGAUUGCUGGUUAUGUACGGAGCAGAUGUCAACACCACGGAUGAAGAGGAGAAGAGUCCUCUCCACAAAGCCUGCAAGAAUGCUAGUCACGGCUUGGUCCAGUUUUUGCUGCAGAAUAAAGCGGAUGUGAAUGCCAUUGAUUACAACGGAGCCUCCCCCCUUUCCUGUAUCCUACAGUCCGCAGCCUUCAAGCAGCAAUGGAAGCCACAUCUCACAGUGCAGACACUGCUGAACCAUGGCUCCCAAAAAAUCUGGCCUAUGGCCUUUGGGAAGGUGCUGAGGUCUUGUGCAUCUGUGCCAGAGAUCAUCGAAAUCCUCUUCAACUCCUACUCUCAAGUCCCCAUCUCCGAGCAAUGGCGGGAGGCUAUUCCAGAGGAGAUAUUUCAGAUGCACCUGCCCUUUUAUGAAUCCUUUUUCAUGCUGACAUGCACACCUCGGUGUCUGCAACAUUUGUGCCGUUUCGCCAUUCGGAACCAGUUUGGCAGCAAAUGCCACUACCUUAUCCCCUCAUUACCUGUGCCCAAACCCCUACAAAACUACCUGCUGAUGGAGCCUGAAGGAAUACUGCUUUGAGGUGCAAGGUGAACCUCAGCUGGGUAUUACGGUAUCUUUUGUGUGUGCCUUUAGAAUUCAGGAUCUGCCAUUUCCAUUAUAAAUAACUGUUUUUCAGGGAUAUACACUGUAACUUAAAAAUUUGCUUUCAGCUGAAACUUUGUAUAGAAUGUUAUUUAACCAUAUUGUAUGUUAAGGUUACACUUAUCAAUUGUCUAUAAAGGGUUAACAAAUGAGUAAUAACUGUUAUAAGCAUAUUAUAGACAUGAGUAGUACGUGUUAUAAAAACUUAAUUGAAGUCAAUGAGAAGAAGCAUAUGCAUAAUGUUAAAUGGGUGUAAGCAUCAGCAGGAUCUAACCCAUGUGCAGUCCUAAUUAUUUCAGUGGUGUUACUCCCAUGAGUAAAGAAAGCCAAAUCUGGCCCUUAAUAGAGUCUCUGCUGUAAUCUUUGGCAGAAUGCUGGCACUGAUGAGGAUAACCUAUAAUAUAGAAAGGCUUGGCAGAAUUCUAUUUUUAUUUUUUUUAUCAUUUUGAUAGAUAAUAUCAAUAUUUAUUUUUCAGCAUUUUUAUCGAUGUAAAUUUUCAUGGUUAACCAAAUUAUGGAUUAUAAGCAUGUUUUUAUCAAUUAAAAUGUUCAAAGUUGCAGGAAAUUAUGCAGGGGCAGACAAUUAAUUAAUGACAGUGGCUGAUAAGAUUCAAAAAGUCAAAGCUUUAUAAGCCACUCAAGCACAAAUUGUCAACAACACACAUUAAAAUAUACAAAGCCUUAAAUCUGGAAUGCAUCCCUGGUUUUACUAUUCAUUUGCUACUCCAUUUGUAACAAGCCUAAUUCAAAGCUCUAAAUUACUGGACUU